UGUGUGGUGCGUGAAAAAUUUUCCCGUUUUGUGUUGGUGGGUAGCGGAAAGUUAAAAGAGUCAUUCAUUCUAUUUGUAAAUUAAAAGAAAAAGUAAAUAAGACAAGUAACUGUGGUAAUUUUUUAAGUCAAAAGUGGAGAAAUUUUGCAUAUUUACGUCAGAUAAUUAAAGUCUGAUGUGUUCCAUUCUUGGAUUUGUAUCUUUUGAUACAGAACAUUCAAAAUGUACUAUUUAUGUUUGAACACAUGGCACUGACGUCGAAAAAGAAAUCCCCAUUGCGUUAACUGGUUUGUGUGAGCAGCGACAACUUACUGCUUUUGAUUGUGGACAUACCAACACACCAACCAAUCAAUAAAAGGAUUUGCAGUCUUAACUACGCAAAGUCAAGCCUUAGGGUCAAGGAAAUACCGAAUAGCAAUGCGAACAGCAUCGAAGAAAAUCAAACAAUACACAAACAAAACAGCGAACGGCACAUGACUGCAUCACAAACGAAAUUACCGACGCCGAGGACGACGACAUAAAGGUCGCCACAGAAUAACCGAACACGAUACCGAAGCCAAAAGCAAUACAAAACAAAAACAAACGACGAAAAAAGAAAAUAAAACGAAGGUGAAAUCAACAAAUCCGCAGCAGAACCCGCAGUACUACUACAAAUGUGCUUGCAAGCGCUCUGCACGGUAAAGAGGGAUAAUCAUCAUAGGCACCGUUGCCACUAUUACCACAAUACUACUACAACAAAUGUACAUACAUAACAGAACAGCGCGUGCUAAUAUUUACUAAUACUAUAAAGGCAUUAACUGUAUCACAAUUAAAGUAUCUUCUAUUAGCAAUUGUACUCGCUUAGGAUAAAUUGCUCUGGUCCUCGCGACAGUGUUUCUUAAUCGUUGGCCGGUGUUUCGCAUGCCUUUACUUAUUAGUGGUAUUAAAAAGUCUAACACAUUAAAAAAUGUCAAUACAAGUCAAGUAGUAGAACGCGAAGCACAUUAAUCAACUAACUGUAUCCAAAGCUUUUUCAAAUUUAAAGCCCUCCAUAUUUUUCCACUUUUUAAGUCGUAAAUAAUAAAAAAUCCAAACAUAACUAGACUGAUAGUUUAUAUUAUAUUAAUAAAUUAAACAUCUCAAUUGAAUUUAAAACUAAGCGAGCGUUCACAAAAUCAACAAAACACAAACAAGCAACUUAAGCGUGCAACAAAUGAUCUCGAAAUCAAAACGGAAUUCCAUGAUAACGCAAUAAAUGCAACAAAAUGUUGAACUUAUUUUAGUUUAAUGCAAAAUCAUAAAAACAUACACAAAUACACAUUAAAACAACUCAAAGGAAUAUUGAUAAACCAAAUACCAACAAAUAACAUUGCCAAAAACAGAUAGAAUUGCAGCAUUUUUCAUAGCAACAACAAACUUACAAAAAAAAUUAAAUAUUAAAAAUAAAAAAAAAAAACGUAAAAUAAAAUAAACGGGCAAAAACAAACCAAAAAAGAGCCAACAAUAUUGUAAACGUGAAAUGUGUCGGAACAAUGCUAAGCAUUUAAGGCGCGCUGCUCUCAUGAAUAAUCAAAUUUAAUACAAUACAAAAAGAGAAAAAAAAAGUUGAACGUUUUUAUUGUUUGUUUUUACAAAAGUGAUUUUCCUCCUUUAGCGGCAGCAAAUUCGUUGCACACCAUUCGUUACACGUUGGUUUUGUUAAUAGAGUGCCACAGCAGAGCGAGCUGCUGGCGCAGGAUAAACAAAUUUUAUUUAUAACCUACCGUGCAACUGAGCGAGCGUAGCAGCAGUGAGCAUUGAGCGAGCAGCCAGCAAGCGAACAGAAUGGGCAAUAAAUGUUGUAGCAAGCGGCAGGAUCAGGAGCUGGCUCUCGCCUACCCGAGUGGUUAUAAGAAAUCAGAUUACACCUUUGGCCAAACGCAUAUUAAUAAUAGCGGCCAAAAGCACAACAAUGGCGGCUCGUUGGAUUCACGUUACACACCGGAUCCGAAUCGUGGCCCGCUUAAAAUUGGCGCCAAGGGUGGCGCUGACAUAAUACGCCCCCGUACAACACCAACUGGCGUUCAAGGUGCCCUGCCUAACAAGCGGCGCGUUGUUGUCGCCCUAUACGACUACAAGUCGCGCGAUGAAUCUGAUUUGAGUUUCAUGAAGGGUGACCGGAUGGAAGUAAUCGACGACACUGAAUCCGAUUGGUGGCGUGUAGUCAAUUUGAACACACGUCAGGAGGGUUUGAUACCUCUAAAUUUUGUCGCCGAGGAGCGUAGUGUGAACAGUGAAGAUUGGUUCUUUGAAAAUGUGCUACGAAAAGAGGCCGAUAAGCUCUUGUUGGCGGAAGAGAAUCCACGCGGUACAUUUCUGGUACGCCCCUCGGAGCACAACCCCAAUGGGUAUUCGUUGUCGGUGAAGGACUGGGAAGAUGGACGUGGCUACCAUGUGAAGCAUUAUCGCAUCAAGCCACUCGACAAUGGCGGCUACUACAUUGCCACAAACCAGACUUUCCCUUCGUUGCAGGCGCUGGUGAUGGCCUACAGUAAAAAUGCACUUGGCCUUUGCCACAUUCUGUCACGUCCGUGCCCGAAGCCGCAACCACAAAUGUGGGAUUUGGGACCGGAAUUGCGUGACAAGUACGAGAUUCCACGCUCCGAAAUUCAGUUGAUACGCAAAUUAGGACGCGGCAACUUCGGUGAAGUAUUCUACGGCAAGUGGCGCAACAAUAUUGAUGUCGCUGUGAAAACACUGCGCGAAGGUACCAUGUCGACACAGGCGUUCCUGCAAGAAGCGGCUAUCAUGAAGAAGUUUCGACACAAUCGACUGGUGGCAUUGUAUGCUGUAUGCUCACAGGAGGAACCCAUUUACAUUGUGCAAGAAUACAUGUCUAAAGGCAGCUUAUUGGACUUUUUACGUGAGGGUGAUGGCCGCUAUUUACACUUUGAAGAUCUUAUUUAUAUAGCCACACAAGUGGCAUCCGGCAUGGAAUAUCUCGAAUCGAAACAAUUGAUACAUCGCGAUUUGGCCGCACGAAAUGUGCUAAUCGGCGAGAAUAAUGUUGCAAAAAUUUGUGAUUUCGGUUUAGCGCGUGUUAUCGCUGACGACGAAUACUGCCCCAAGCAGGGAUCGCGUUUCCCUGUGAAAUGGACCGCCCCAGAGGCGAUAAUCUAUGGCAAAUUUUCAAUAAAAUCCGACGUAUGGUCGUAUGGUAUUUUGUUAAUGGAACUAUUUACCUACGGACAAGUGCCAUAUCCAGGCAUGCAUAGUCGAGAAGUCAUUGAGAAUAUCGAACGAGGCUUCCGCAUGCCAAAACCAACUAAUCAUUAUUUCCCUGAUAAUAUUUAUCAUCUACUACUACAAUGCUGGGAUGCGGUGCCGGAAAAACGACCAACAUUUGAAUUCUUAAAUCACUAUUUCGAGUCGUUCACUGUGACGUCCGAGGUGCCCUACCGAGAGGUGCAGGACUAAGCAGCGAACAUAGUAGCACUCAAACAGCGGCGAGAGUGCUGCAACAUUGCCAGUGCGACAUAUACAUACAUAAAAAUAUACAAACAUAAAUUAACUAGAUUUAAUUUUAAGCCUUUUAAAUUGAAUUGAGAAGUAAGCCGCAUAAGAAAGAGAUAUAAAAAACAGACAAAAAACAAAACAAAAAAAUGGAAUGAGAAAGUGAAAGAGAUGUGGAGUAGCGCUAACGGUUGGCAGCAAAAUAGAGGUGCAUACACACGCAUGCUACAUAUACGAGAGCGCUGACAUUGUCAAUGAUGUACCAAUUGAAAGACAAUUUUUACAUUCAAAACAGAGAAUAGAAAAAAUACUGCUACAUACUAAAUGCUAUUCUACAUUAUAUACAUUACAUAUAGUACGAGUAUGAUAUAUACGAACGUUUAUGAUAGUAUAUGAGAAACAAAAACAAAACAAAAAAUAUUUUACACUUGAUAAGCGAAAUCUUUUAUAAUUUAUAUAGAGGUAUUUAUGUAAUUUUAAGCUUAUGGCAAAUGAAUUGUGCUAUAUGAGAAAAGCAUUUAACAAAAAUACAACAACCACAACAAUAAAACUUUUAGUCAAAAAAGCUGCAAAAUUAAAAAACAUCUUAAAAAAUUCCAAAACGAAUGAAUAUAGUAAUUUUUUGAAAGUAUUUAUUAAAUUUAUUGCGCGUACGUAGCAUUCUAUUCCUCUCUACCUCUUCCGCUCUCUCGCUCUCUCUCUUUCCCUCUGUCUAUCUCUCUAUUUAGCGCAUUAUUAAAUAAUGCCCCUAUUUUAAUUUUAUUAUUUACAUUAUUCUUGUUAAUUUGCGUUCACGAGUGCUUAUUUUCUUCAUUCUAUAUAUUAUAUACAUUAAUGUAGUGUGUAGUACUUAAACCUUAUAUUGUUGUAAGUUUACUGAACAUUUUCCGAAUAUUUCCAACUGAAUUUACUAUACUAUUGUACUCCUUUAAGAACUAGUUUAUAUAAGUAUGUAACAAGUUUAAUAACCAAUACAAAAAGUGUGCAAACAAUGGUACUGCAUUUAUACAUACAGUUUAUUUUUAGUAUACUACACCGCAUAUACAACACGUAUCUCUUAGAUACAUAUACAUGCAUACAGACAUGUGCAUCAUUUAAAAUAAGUAAAUAAGUAGCAUUUUAUAAAAAGUACGCUACCGAAAGAACAAUUAACCUUUAACGCUAUGAAAAUAAUACGUAAGCCAUUAAGCAUGAAUUAGUGGUAAAGAGCCGUUUUUAAUGUUGCUUUAAAAAUAAGUUUAUGCGUUUUAUUCGCCAUUCAUUAAUCGCGACAAGUUAGUUUACAUGGAAGUCACUCACAAGCAUAUUCGCAAAUAUUUGUUAUUAUAAUAUCCUAAAACAUUAUGUACAUUUUUUACGCCGAUUGCUGUCGUAUACAGUGAAAAAGUGAAAGCGAGGCCCAAAUUCGGUUCUGCGUUCUUGUGCUUGACGAAGCAAUGCUACCGGAACGUCCCGGUUUUAUAUUCAAAAAAGCAUAGAUAAACCAGCAGCAAAAAAAAAAAAAAUAUUACAACAACACCAACCAAUACAAUUUAAGAUAUCAAUUCCGCCAUCACCCAGAACUUGAAAACCUGGGUUGUUGUAGCAAAAAAAGAGGGGCCAGCACUGCCACAUGUUAGCCACAAUUUUGUAUUGUUGGAAUUUGGUAUUUGCGGAACGCAUUCACUUUUUAUGUAGUUAAAUUUUCAAUCUGCGUUUAGGUAAGACCAACUUUUUGAAAUCUUGACUUUUUAGCUAAGUUAUAAGUAUGUGUAUGCAACUUGUUGUUGUUGUGUUUGUUGUUGGUUUUGUAGUGAAUUUUGCUGGAGUGACUUCCUUGUUCAGCUGUACGUCCGGGUCAUUCCGGUAAUGUAGAAUCGAUGUGGAAGGCUAAAUCAAAGAACGAAUGAAGACAAGAAGGUACAUAUAUUUACCAUUCUCUGCUGCUCAGACUCACCGAGCUUUUGCAAAAGCCAAUUGAUUCACAAACCAGUUAUUUUUUUACGUGGUGAAAUAAGGCAGUUGCGCUUAGGUAGUAAAACGAGCUGGUUGCGACUGCAUCUUGUUGUCCUUCCACUUUCUUUGACGAUUCUAUUUGGGAAUAUAUGUAAGUCAGUUGUGGUAAAUAAACUUUGGAAAAGUUUUUUCGUACUUUAUUUUUGUCCUACUUGUUGUUCCUAUGAAUUCGCCUUCUUGAGUCACAGUUUUGUGAAGAUAAUAUCGAAACAUGCUUUUGAUAUUUUAUUAUUAUAUAAUCGCUUGUUGUUGUUGUAGCAGCAUAAACAUUCCCCAUACUUACAUACGGGGACUGCUGCUGGAAUGACAGUCCUUGGCUGGAUAUAAAUCCCGCUCGUUUCGGUAACGUAGAACCGACUGUCGUGGAAACAACAAGCAUAUUUUGUUUCGACAAAUUAUAAUCGCUAGCAGAUUUUAGUGGAUAGUGAAUGGCGAAAAAAGAAUUGCAUUUUUGUAAACAACUUAAGCGUGAUAGAAAAAAGGGGAAAGUUUAAAAUGCUUUUCAGUGAAAAUUUAACUGUAGUUUAUUCGCAAACUAAAUUUUGGUUUAGCUGAAUAUGAGAUUUAAAUUUCCAUUGAAAAAAAUUAGCCCUUCCUCGCUGUUUCACUAACCCAGUUCGUUAUUUUUGAGCAGAUGCAAAGUGACGAAAACUAAACUCGAAAAUUAUUUAUGCCACUAUUUGCAAACCCUACUAGAUAUUUGUUUCAUUUAUUUGUUUCUUGAAAGUUAAAACUGCGAAGUUACGGCUCUUUAUCCCUACACUUUUGAUAUACUGGCAAACAUAUAACCAGGCACCCAUUGACACUGUCAUCCUCUUUGUUUUGUAUAGUCACUAAGGAAAUAUUUUGUCUUUUUUAACUUUUUUUUAAUUUAUGGCAGGUUAUAUCCUGAAUUUUGUAAGUAAAGUAAAAAGAGUAAAAAGUAAAACUGAA